GAGCCACCGCUUGAACAUUUUUUACCCUCUAUUUAGCUGUUCUAACCAUGAACUGGCCGUAUCCAUGAGGAAAGGGAUUGGUAUUUUUUGCUUCCAAACCAAUCUCACCGAUCGCCGUCUCCCUGAAUACCCCGCUACAGCUAUCUCGUACCCAUCCUCGAAGAGAGCGUCGCCCCCAACAUGCCAGCCGGCUCACUGUUUGCCACGCCUCCAGCAUCGCCGACUUCCACAAACGCCGAAAACAAGGAAGGGCAGCCGCAAGCGCCGGGGAUCACAAUCAUCUCUGAGACCGGUGACCUGACACUGCGGGUCAAGGCUGAGGACGAUCAAGAAGGCUUCAGAUACCGGGUUGACAGUCACCGUCUACAAGCUGCAUCGCCAUACUUCGAAAAUCUUUUAAGCCCGCGGUUUAGCGAAGGAGCAACUGUCACUGCCCAACAUGAGCGCCUGCGGAAGCAGUACAAGAACCUGGCCGACGCACCCGUGGAGGAGCUUCCUCAAAUCACCAUCGUAGACAUCGGGAGAAUAUCGAAAGUCAAGACGAUCGAGCUCAUCACUGCAGAUUUCCUACGUGUCCUUCACGAUCAAAGCCUGGGCAAAGAUAGCCCGCCAAUACCCAAUAUUGGCAACCUUGCAAUCGUCGCGGAUCGGUUUGACGCGUUACCGACCUUGUCACAAUACGUUCAUCGGAGGAAAUAUUUUCAAGCAAUAGAUGCGAAAACUAAGCUUAAGGGAGCGUCAAACGUGCCCGAAGAAAGAACAAGGCAGAAACUUAUGAUUGGUGUCAUGCUGGAUUAUGCGCCUUGGGUCCGAAUGUACAGCAAAAGGUUGACUCUAUCGGGAUCCACAAGAUGGAAAGCUCAAGGGUUUGAGGAACCUGGCGCGCUCUGGUGGGAUAUCCCUGCUGGUAUAGAAGAGGAGAUCAUGCACCGUCGUCAAUGUGUACUGGAGACAAUCAGCUCUUUACAGUCUUACUUUCUGAAGCUCUACACCUCCGGGCAACGCCAAUGCAGGCUCGGUUAUGAUUCAUCUGCGCAGUGCGAUGUUUUCCAACUGGGAGAAAUGGUCCGCUUCUUCACUAAAGUCGGAACCCUGCGCCUCGAGUCGACCAUAUUUGGCGCCGAUCCGCCCGAUGAUUAUGAAGGCGAUAUCAACCGGCUACUGGAGUCCUUACGCCAAUGCCCUGCAUAUCAGAUUGACAACAACCAUUCCCAUUGUGGCCUCCGAACAAAAUUAAUUCCACUGCUUGAUAUGGUACAAAGUUGUAUCAGUUCCAGCGCUGAAGGUUCUGACAUUGGCAUCUGUGGUGACUGUUGGCGGAAUCACAGGAGAGAAUAUGCAUGGACAGAGUCCAAGCGGCCCGUUCUGUGGACGAACUCUCGUUUUUUCAUUUCGAACUCAAGGAUGCCCCCAAAAGGAGUGCACGGAAGAGACGGUUGCCUUGCGAGGCAUUCAGGGCUGAGGGAUAUGUUCACUGCUGCCGAGCGGGACUGGACAGCUAAAGAUGCUUACUGAUGGUGGUUCGUUGAAUGUAUGCCAUAUGGUAUGAAGACUGCCUGUGAGUCGCAGCUUUGGCUGAGGCUGUCGUAAGGAGUACUGAACGGUGACCGGCAUACCCGUCAGGUGUUAGCUAUGGGUACACCUCGCGAGAACCUAGGGCCCUUGCUAUAUGUGAGCGUUGAAUUGAUAUGUUCAGCAUCAAAUCCUGCCUUGAGGCGGAGUCAGCGCUUGCAACAUGUGAACUUAGG